CUGAUCGCCUUCUGCCACCACCUCCUCCGACUGCAUCACCAACCCGACGUUGCUCGGUGUGCCGGCCACGCUCUGCGGUCAUGUCCCACUUCGACAAGAUCGUCAAGCUCGCCUGCAAGCCCAAGGCGGCGCCGCCCAAAGCCAAGUACAUAGACCCGAUCCUCGCCGGGACCUACUCGGAGGAUGGCACCGUCGGCGACAUAUGCAGGGCGCUCCAGCCGCGGUUCAGGGAGCCGAAUGCCAUCGUCGUGUUCAAAGCGCUGAUCGUGCUGCACACCAUGAUCCGCAACGGCUGCACGGACAACGUGCUCUCUUACCUCUCCUCCUCCGAAGUGCUGCACCUACGCAACGUCGCCGGCGGCAACUGGGAAGGUUACUCCGCCCCGCAAAAUCUGCAGCACUAUGCCAUCUACCUCGACAGCCGCAUACGCGCCUACCGGGAUCUCAAGCACGACAUCAUCAAGGUCCAGUCGGAGAACAACCGGGAUAUGCGGUUGAGCAAGAACAUCGAGGAGGAACUCGGCAGCAAGUCGUCAAAGAGCAAGGCAAGCACAAAUGGCAGUGGCAGCGGCUCGCUCGCGCGGGGGAAGACGGUGGCGGGGCGCAAGCUGCGGGUGAUGACGGUCGAGAAAGGCCUGUUGAGGGAGACCAAGGCCGUUCAGCGCAUGAUCGACACGCUGCUCGAAUGUAAAUUUUACCUCGACGACCUCGAGGACGAGCUGACAAUCACCGCGCUGCGCAUGCUCGUCAAGGACUUGCUUAUACUAUUCUCGGCCUGCAACGAGGGCGUCAUCAACGUGCUCGAGCACUAUUUCGAGAUGUCCCGCGUCGAUGCCGAGGACGCGCUCAAGGUCUACCUCCACUUUUGCAAGCAGUGCGAGCGCGUCGUCGACUACCUCGCCAUCGCGACCAAGCUCCAGAACCUGCUCAACGUCCAAAUACCGAAUAUGCGACAUGCACCGGUCUCGUUAGCGGGCUCCCUCCAAGAAUACCUCGACGACCCCAACUUUGAACAGAACAGGAUUGAAUACAAAUUGGCAAAAGAAAACGCCGAUAAAAACGCAAAACUGGGCAAGGGGGCCAAGAACGGUACUUCUUCUCCCAACAAACCGUCCACACCGAAGCCUGGCCCCUCGUCAGAGUCGUCGAACGCCAACGGAAGCAAGCCUGCUUCGCAAUCGCAAGCAGUGCAAGAUUUCUUCGAGAGCAUCGAACAAGCGCAGCCGACGAUGUUCAACCCCCAGACGGGCUCGCCGACGGCCAACUACUUCCAGCAGCAGGCGGCCUUCAACCCGUUCGCACAGAUGCAGGCGGCACAGGCCACGGGGUUCGGAAUGCCGUCGUUCGGAGGCGGAAUGCAACCGCAAGCGACGGGAAUGCCGUUCGGGGCCGGAGGGCUGCAGCCGCAGGCGACGGGCAUGUUGGCGUUCGGGCAGAUGGGCGUGCAGCCGCAGGCGACGGGGUUCCCUGGAGUACAGCAACAACAUCAGCACAAUCCCUUCUCGCAGGCGCAAGGCCAGCAGCAGCCGCAAUUGCAAGUGCCGCAGCAGCAGAGCUCGCCGUUCCAGCAGCCGCAACAGCAGCAGCAGCUACAGACUCCUCAGCAGGCGAGCUCGCCGUUUGGUCAGCUGCAGCCCCAGCCGACAGGCGCGUUCAACCUCGGCGCGGGACUUGGCGGUGCCAGCGGCGGACUGCUACAAUCGCAGGCAACAGGGGCGAAUCCGUUCAGGGCGAGCAUGCUCAUGCCCCAGACGACGGGCUUCCCGGCGUUCGGGGCGAGCUCGUCGAAUGGGGUGAACCUGUUCGGCAGCACUCCGGCGCAGAAUCAAACGCCGCAAAAUCAGGGGCAAGGGCAAGGACAGGGACAGGGCGGGCUCGGCGCGUCCCUCUUCGGCAGCGGUACUUCCUUCGGUUCCAUCGCUCAGCCGAGCGCGUCGUCGUCGUCUUCUAUCGCAUCGGGCCCGUUCGCGCGCCCGGCUUCGGCGCCGCUGCGUGCGAGCCCGCCGCCCGCUCAGCCGGUCAAGACGCACCAGACGGGCUCGCGUAACCCGUUCGGGCCCGUGAUCACGCCGGAGAAGGCCCCGCCGGUACCGAAGGCGCCAACGAUAAUGGAAAUCGCGAUGGGGUAUGCGAAUGGGAACAAGAACGGCAACAACGGCGCCGGAAACGCGGGUGGACUGCAGCCGCAGGCGACGGGCUUCCCUGGCUCGGGCCUGCAAUCACAGCAAACGGGAUUCCCUGGGUCAGGCUUGCAAUCACAGCAAACGGGAUUCCCUGGGUCAGGCUUGCAAUCACAGCAGACGGGAUUCCCUGGGUCAUCUACGGAUAGCAGCCUCUUUGGAGGUGCAGGGACGGGCACGGCGCAGAAUGGGAGUGCUAUGUCGAGCAUCGCGUCGUCGUUCACGUUCAACAGCAACAACAGCAACAAGCCCGGGACGUCAAGCAACGGCCCGGCGUCCCCUCUCUCGUCGCAGAACACCGCGACGACCACUACGGGCUCGCUCGCGGACUCGCUUUUCUCGCUCUCGCUUUCCAGUCAGCCCACGGGCGCCACGACCACGGCGUCCACGACGGGCUCGACGGCACCAUUCAGCCCAACUAUCUCCGUCUCGCCGCCCGGCGCCGCGGGCGGCCUCAAACCGCAGACGACCGGGCUGAUGGGCCUGAAGCAGUUCAAGCCGUCCUCAUCCUUCGGCGCGUCUCUCCUCGAGAGCCUGCCGCCGAUCCCGCAGAGCGGGCCCAACACGCCCGCCGCAACCGGCGGCCCGGCGACGUCCCCGCUCGACACGGCCGGCGCGAACGGAGCGGGGAGCCCGAGCGUGAGCAACACGUCCAACUUUUCGUCGCUGGGCGCGCAGCCUACGGGAAUCGGCGGGAUAGGGUCGCAACCGACGGGCUUUGGUGCCUUCAACGCGUCGUCGACGUCGACGCUCGGCACGAGCAGCGGGUUGACGCCGUUUGGCGGGUCGUCGCUCGGCGUCGGGCUUAGGCCGCAGAUGACGGGCGCGGCGAACCCGUUCCGGGCGUCUAUGGCGGGAUCGCCAGCGCCUGGCGCAGGGCCCGGAGGUUCUGGCGGUAACGCGUUUGGUGGCGCGUUCACGGGAACGACGCCUACUUCGUCGUUUGGGUCGUCGAUGUUCGGGCAGGGCACCGGUGCGAACGCCUUUGGGACCAACGCGACAGGCAACGCGUUCGGAUCCAGCCUAUUCGGCAACUCGACUACUGCGGGUCAACAGCAGCAGCAGCAGCAGCAGCAACAACCUCAGCAACAAUCGCUCUUUUGAUCAAUGAUUCACAUUCAAGUAGAAACAGGGUUCCCCCUUGAUCCCAACCGCAUUCGCUCUUUGGACCGUUUCCCGAUGUCUUUACACACUCUCACUCACAUGCUAUUCACGAGGUUCUCGGUCGGUUAGCAGACGCGAUCCGGUUUCUUUUUCAUUCUGGGUACUUAUUUUCCACCAUCUAUACCAUUGUAUUCCUUUCUGUACGAUCUCGUUUCCAGCACAGUCCAUCCUAAUCGCAUGGUAAUGCACG